GUCAGCCACCCCACAUCCAUCACCACAUCCACCACCACCACAUCAAUCAUCGCUUGACCUAUUCAGCCAACAAUCAGCAGUAGUAGCGGACAUCUCCAGCAUCGAUCAGCAAGUGCACUAUAAUAUCCUGAAAAAUUAGUGGACACACACAUACACACACACACCCACGCACAAAUUGGCAGACGAGAGCGAAACCUGUCUGGACGGCACGACACCCAAUGUAUCCGACUGCACCCUCUUCCUGAGCCUAGCCCUCCCCUUCGCGGGCCUUUUGCAUAAGGAAACAAAAAGAGAAGGACAGUUCACGACAGGGGGAAGGGAGACGGGGGCUAUAUACUACGCGAGACGGGCCGAGACAAAGACGACGACGACGACAAUGCGGCAUAUCCAGCACGGCGUUGUCCUCGCUGCCGCUGCGGCCACGGUGGCAGCAGCGGCAGGAGUACAACAGCAGCAGCAGCAGCAGCAGCAGCGGCAGCCCGGGUUUAGCAUACACCAGGAUCUGCUGGCUUAUCCUCAGUUCGAAGUGGUCAUUUCCGAAGCAUACAUCCUAGAACCCGAAGCGCAAGCACUCCUCGACAAGGCCGAGGUGCACAGUAGCCGCCGGGCAGCGACGCGGGGAGGGAGCGGCGGCAGCGACUCCCAUGCUACGGACCUCGCACCCGGGAGCGGUAGCCGCGGCAGCGGCCACGACGACGGCAACGAUAACGACGAGACGGACGAAGACAGUGUGACCGAGACGUACGAGAUCAUGAGCGCCCCGCCGCACCGGUACCUGUGCGCAAUCCCCGUCAUCGAGGCGCCCGUCGCGCCCAACAAGACGGCCACCGAGCUGGCCAAAGCCGAGGAGGCGAAAGAGCUCGCGCGGGCGUCGGCGCACGGGUGGGAUCUCGUCAACGGGCUCGAGGGCUCGUGUCUGCACUACGUCCUCGGGUGGUGGAGCUAUACCUUUUGUUACGGCCAGAGCGUGGUCCAGUUCCAUGCGCUGCCUGGCAGCAUGAAGAUCGGCCCGCCGGUCAGGGAUCCGCAAACCAUGGAGUAUGUGCUUGGUCGUCAACAGAUAAAUGGCGAAGUGGGCGAGCCCGCGACGGCGGCAGCAGCUACAACAAACACACCCUCACAGCAGUCGACAAAUAUGGAGCUACAAGUCAAGGGCGACCAGCGCUACAUGGUCCAGAGGCUGGACGCCGGCACCAUUUGUGACCUCACGGGCCGUGAGCGGACGAUUGAGAUCCAGUACCACUGCAGCCCCGGCAGCACGCAGGACCGGAUCGGGUGGAUCAAGGAGGUGACGACGUGUGCGUACCUCAUGGUCGUCCACACCCCGCGGCUCUGCGACGACGUUGCAUUCCUGCCGCCCAAGGAGACCAAGGCGAACAUCAUCACUUGCAGAGACAUUAUCCCCGUGGAAGGGAUCGACGAAUGGCGUCAGAAGAAGAUGGUCGAGGUCGAGGACAUGCUGGUCGGGAAGGGCAGGGGCGGCGGCGCUUCGGGGAACGGCAAGGGCCCUGUGACGAUUGGCGGCAUCGUUGUCGGCGGGAGAAAGACCUUUGGCGACGAGGUUGCUCGGCUGUCGCCGCCGCGUGGUGCUCGCCAGCACGUGGAUGCUGUCCAGCAGGUACUCGAGCUGGUGGCCAGAGGCUCUGGCAAGGAGAAGUCGUUUGAAACGCUCACCGACGAGGAGAUGGCACGACUGGGCAUUGACCCGGAGACGAUUGAGAAGCUGCGCGAGGAAAUGAAGAAGGUUGCAGGCGAGAAGGAGUGGAAGAUUGAGCUGAUCGAGGUUGGAGGCGAGGACGACGCGAGGGCGCUCCGCGCGGUGGUCAUGGAGGACGCUGACGAGUCAGAGGGAGAGGCGAAAGGCGGCCAGCGGAAGGAGCAAGACCAGGGCGAUGACAAGGAGGACGAGGGCAGCCAGGAGCAGUUCUAUGAGAGAGAGCGAGACGAGUUGUGAGGCCAUCUCUCUGAGAAGGAAACGAUAAGCAGCAUAGCACAUGGCGUUGUUGAACGAAAUCAUGACAUUUUGGGUACGCGAGGCGAAGAGAUACC